ACUCAGUAUUCCGUAGACAGGCAAUAUAGCAAGAACGUGUCAAAGCAUAAGAUCGAGACCUGCGGCCGGUGUGUGUAUUGUCAGGUCGCCCUCGCUGUCUUUUAGGGAAGAGUUGUUGAGAUCUAGCUGAAGAGUGCGUUUUACGUCGAAGGUGAAAACAGAACAAUCUCGCGUGUGCAACUGCUGCUCGUUGUAGUUGGGACUGUAUGUGUGCGUGUAGGCGCACUCGGCCUUCAGUGGGAUAGUCGCGGUGACGACGGCAGAGGUGUCCUUCUAGGGUACGGCGACGGGCGCGAAGACUUCGUGCGAGGAGAGAUCCCUUCGAUUUGGGAAUUGGUAGCUAGAACCUUCUCCGCUGGCCACCGGCCCGAAGAGAGACGCUUUUGAAGUGAAUCGCGUGAACAACGAGCUGCUCUAUCCAAGAAAAGAUACCCUGAGUAAAAUGUGUGUCGUGGUGCUACGUGCACUGGUAGUGUUCCGUCGAAUACGCGAGUGUUUGCGGCCCGAUCGCACUUUGUAAUCAUCAUCCCUCACUCACUUUGCCUGCGUGUAUGCAAACAGCAGCACCUGUGCUCUCCAGCAGAAAAAAACACAAGGCAAACAUGAAAUAUUAUUUCAAUCGAAGUGAUUAAGUAAAUCCGUUCACUCAAAACCAGUCGUCACCAAGUGUCGUAAUUGUUGUGAUGUGGUGAUCAAAGUGAAAGUAUACCAAGAGUUAAAAACUCGCAAGCAUAGCGUAAGAAAAAUUGCAACAACCGAGAAGAUAACAGAAAAUGUGCUGAAUCCCACACACGAACGAAGGCCAGUUAACCCAACUCGAUCAGUUCAUUUUUUUCGGAGUUACCGGUCAGAAGAAAACGUUUCAAAAAUUGAGAACCAAAAUCUCCCAUCAAUGAUGCUCCACGAGGCAGUAAUGUUGGAAAUCUACCGCCAGGCACUUCACGCCAGUGAAAUGGCCAGUCCUAGAUGCCAAUCGAGGGAGUCAUCCGGCGGCGGACGUUGCCCUUCGGACGAAUCAAUUCGCUCCGAGGGCGACCGGGACGGACAGAAUUCGGGUGCCAACGUGAGCCCGGUUUCGAUCACGCUCCCACCCACCCUCGCGCCAGCAGCUGCCGCCGCUCUCCUGCCUCAGCAUUCUGCCGCCAUGGCCGCCUACCUCAACGUUGCGGCCGUAGCGGCACAGCAGAACCGACUGCUGCUAGGAUCCCCGCUGGCCGGACUAGCAGCCGCUCGCAAUGGAUCUCCGCCGAUUCUACCUCCGCUGGCGUCCCCGACCGACGAAAGUGACGAUGCUGUGCUGGACUUUAGCAAAAAACGAUCCGACAGUGGCACGGCUGACGAGGACGCUAAUAGCGACUGCGACGACGGAGAUGCUGUGAACCUGAGCGGAAAAUCCGGCGAUAACAGCCCACUGGAUUUGUCGGUUAGCACUAGGAAACGAUCCGGUGAUGACUCCGAAUCGCCUCCACCAAGGAAAACCCCCCGUUCUAUGGAGUACAAGCCAUCAAUUGUGAGUCCUUGGAGCUCUCCAGUUGGACCACAGCUUCCGUACUUUGCUGCCGCCGUUGCCGCUGCCAGCAUGUCUCCCAAAAAUAAUCACUCAGACUGGAACGGAAAGCACAAAGGCGUCGCCAAUGAAGCCGCAAAAGCCUUAGAAAAAAUGACCGAAAUGAGCCGUUUGGGAGGGGACGAAAUCUUUCGGCCAUCGAACAAUAAUGCCGGAAGCGGUGGUGUUUCCUCUGCAGGCGGUGGCCGUCACAGCGCUUGGCAGUCCCAUUGGCUCAACAAAGGUGCCGACUCAGCGAAAGAUGUUCUCAAAUGCGUAUGGUGUAAGCAGAGCUUCCCGUCAUUAGCUGCUUUGACUACUCACAUGAAAGAAACUAAACAUUGCGGCGUUAACGUUCCUCCUGGCACAGGGAUGCCCCAGCAACCGAUCCAGCAACAACCACCGAAUUCGUCCAUACAAAACACAGGUAGUAGUGCUUCCAACAAACCAACACCCAGUGAACUAAACCUGCUGAUCAAGGAAACAAUGCCUCUGCCGAGGAAAUUGGUUCGCGGUCAAGAUGUUUGGCUUGGUAAAGGAGCUGAGCAAACCCGUCAAAUCCUGAAGUGCAUGUGGUGUGGCCAAAGCUUCCGAACUUUAGCCGAAAUGACCACUCACAUGCAACAGACGCAACACUACACAAAUAUAAUCUCGCAAGAACAGAUCAUAUCGUGGAAAUCAACGGAUGACAAGCCCGGUGGCCCACCAGGACCCAGCGGUGGCAACACACCAGUUCCUCCCGGCGCAGCAAACGCUCCACCAGCACAGGCAAACAGUCACGUCAGUGCCGUUUUAACCUGCAAGGUUUGCGACCAAGCAUUCUCCUCUCUGAAAGAACUCAGCAAUCACAUGGUCAAAAACGCCCACUAUAAAGAGCACAUAAUGCGUUCAAUCACGGAAACCGGUGGCCGUCGUAGGCAAACGCGGGAAAAGCGGAAGAAGUCACUUCCUGUGCGCAAACUGUUGGAAAUGGAACGAGCUCAGCACGAUUUCAAAAAUGGAGAUAACCCUGCAAUGAAUCCCGCUGCCAAUAAACCUCUUCGCGACAUGGGAGCCGGAAAAAUAACCUGUGAAAAGUGCAAUGAAAAGAUCGAAACCACCAUGUUUGUUGACCAUAUCAGACAGUGCAUUGGUGGAACGGCAAUCCUCCAAGCACAGCAGCAGCGAGAAAAACUUAAGAACGCUCUUCUGUCCAACACAAUCAUCCCUCCGGAUUCGAUAAGCCCAGUGACACCCACCAGUCGGGAUGGUAGAAAAUCUGUUGGAGAUGAUCUGUCGUCACCGCUUUCAUUGCAGAAGUCGCCCAUGCCAGCGGAUCUAUCUUCUCCAGCUUCAGCCAAGAAAGACGGAGAGAAAAGCUCCUCACCGUCGGUACUAAAUGCAAUAGAGCAGCUAAUCGAAAAGAGCUUCGACACUCGAUCGCGGCACCCGAACACGAACUUCGGCAACAAUAGCCAAAGCACCACCCCAUUGGGCUCGAGCAUACUAAAACGGUUAGGAAUCGACGAAAGCGUUGACUACACGAAACCCUUGGUAGACCCGCAAACGAUGAAUCUGCUUAGAACUUAUCACCAGCAGCAGUACGUGGCGCAGUUUGGCCGGCGAGAAAGAAGCGGCAGCGAAUCGAGUUCCAUUUCCGAGCGAGGAUCGAGCCGAGUGGAUUCCCUAACACCGGACAAGAAAUUUGACACGACUGGUCACUCGACGCCAAGGGGAACGCCGGAGAAACAGUUCUUGGAUGACCACAACAAUAGCGACGGGCAAGGUGCAGUGAACAUCAAGCGAGAGAUGCAUAGCGACGAUGAAGAAGAAGCGGAUAAACAUGAACCACCGAAAAUCAAAAUCAAAAAGGAGUUGGACGAAGAUGACGAGGAGGGGCCGAUGCGACCACCGAGUAAAUCACACGAAGAUGUGUUAGAUAUGGAGAAGGAAUUGAAGCGGCGGAACAGUGUGGCAUCCAGUCCUGCGCCAAGUCCACGAAUGUCUACGGCCAGCGUGCCGUUGAGUCCAUCAGCUAGUCCAAUCAGUGAUCAUCAUUCCAUUACCUCGAGAUCUACACCGGGUGGGGCGGACGGUGGUGGCGCGAGUAAAAAAGCAUCAAGUGUGAGUGUGAGUAGCAGUUUGGGAGCAUUGUCGUCGAUGUUUGACAGUCUGACCGGAGCGAACAGUGUGGGCAAUGCUGAGUCGGGUGGUACCGGGAAGAAAUCCAGUGCGCAUCCGUUGGCCGCUUUGCAGAAGCUUUGUGAUAAAACGGAAACAACUCCGAAUGCGAGGGGUGGCGCAAGCAGCGCUCUGCUAUCGGCGACGACCAAUGCUCCAGGAAGCAGGACCGCUCCUGGAGCAAUACUGGCUUUUAGCUGGGCUUGUAACGACGCAGUGGUGUCAGAUGAAUCGGUGAUCAAGUGUGCCUAUUGCGAUACAACGUUCACCUCAAAGGGUGCCUAUCGGCACCACUUGUCGAAAGCUCACUUUGUAAAUGAUGACGUAAUUCCAGAUCCAAAGGGUUCUUCGAUGAAACCCGGCUCUCCACUAUCCCCAAAAUCUACCGGUAGUGGGGUGACGGGUGGAGGUGGUCGCGACAGUGUAAACCGUUCCGACGGGGGAGGCACUCCCAUUCCACCGAGCAGUGGUUGUGUCAGCACGGGGGGUGGAAACAGCAGUGGAAAUGGACAGCCGAAGAGUCCAACGCCGGUGCAAUCGCCGGCAACAUUCGAUGAAAGUCCGCACUCCAAGUUUCUUAAGUACACCGAACUGGCCAAGCAAUUGUCAUCCAAAUACGUCUGACAUUCCUAAGUUUGCAUACGCGCUCUUGGCAAAACCCGGUAGGUUUGUUUCGUUUUCAUGUUGUGCUGUAUUUUUUAUGUAAAUAUAAUCCACCAAACGGUCGAAACGAUGAUGGACGGCCAGCGAGACAGAGCACGAGUAUGGUUUGUGUACGAAGAAGGCGAAGUGGCAAAAUAGCGCAUCAAUAAAAUUGUUCGAGAGUAAGCGAGAGGGGUAGAGUCGAAGAAAACGAGGCAGUAAAUAACGUAUUUAUGUGUGUAUCCAUUUCUGCUAUGGUGCGUUCAAUAACCACUUGAAGGAAUGUAAACGACGAAGGAACGGAUCAAAAGAAGACAGGGAAAGAGCGUGUGGGAUGGCAGGGUCGCCAGGCCGUGCCGUGGUGAUCAACAACAGAAGCGGCAAAGCCGACGGGAGCAGGUUUUUUCUUCUCUUCUGUAUGCGGUCCGAGGCGGCCUCUUUAGAAGUGUUGGUAAAUCUCUUUUUUCCGCUUCUUUUAAAUCACUCGCUUUAAUGACUGCUAUAUACACAUCAGCAGUGGCCGCGGCGCAGUGGUGUGUGAGAAAAACUUUUACACAUGCAAGUGUACGCCACACGACGCGAACGAGGCCACCUCAGCUGCUACUGCAAAAAGAACUCUCAGAGGAGGGAAUAUGAAGUAGAGCAAAGCACAACUUGCAACAGUGUGGGUUUGCCUCUAGAGUGCAGUUUGAUUUUUUUUUCUUGUGCCAUGAAGGAGGACGGAGAAGAAAUCAAUCAAGAAAAUAAAACCAACGUCAGCGAAAUCGCUGGGCUGUGCGCUUCGUGUGCCUUGGAUUCGUUUGAUGAGAGGAAGAUGGAAGGGGUAAAUACAGACAGAAAGCCAUCGGAAGGCCGUCGCUGGUUGCAGAAAAACAAAAUGGAGUUUGCAUGGGGCUUUGAAAGAUGGGACUAACCUCGCGGGCCUCGAUGGUUUCCUGUUUGGCAAGUUCGAUACGCUCAGUGACAAAAGCUUCUCGUUUGCUCUCAUUCAAUUACCUGUUGGUGUAAUUCCCAUAGCUCUGUUGGCAGGAAAUCGUCAUAUGUAGAAAACUAUGGUGGAUCACAUAAAUUUACAUAACGCAUGUGAUUACACAUAUCUUGAAAACAAAAUAGAAAAGCAAAAAUUAUAAAUUUUGGGCGGCUAAGUUUCAAAAAUCAAUCUCUGCAGUCAUUCAAAAAGCAAAGAUUUCUAAAAUUUGUUAUAAUUAUUUAUGUACAAAACGAGAAAAAUGCUGCAAACCGGAAAUGCAAACCAUACCUCUGUUAUGCCAUUUUAAUAUGUUUCAUUUUAUUGAAAAGAUGGAGCGUUAAAACAUUAAAAGAAAUCCAGCUACGCGCGUCACAAAUCAAUAUGAAAACUGAAAUUUUAAGAAUUUUCUCCUAAGUAGUACAUCAAAAAGAAAAUAAAACGUCAAGCUAUACGAUAAAAUAAAACACGAACAAAUGAGACCCAACUAUCAAACGCCAUUGUGAAACAUUCUGCAUGAAGCAAAAUAUGUUAAAAUUAUUCAAUUUCAAUCGAAAAUUUGGUAUACGUAAUUUACACUGGAAAACAAACAUAAGUAUUAUAUUAUCACUUCUGACCCUAAUGAAAAAAUAAGCGUUAAGCUGUUGUAAUCAGCCACAGUAACAAAAUUAUACGAAAUUGAAACUUUUGGUAUACGGCGAUGAAACACGAUAAAUCAACGGAGAUUUAAAGAAAUCCGGAUUUCAGUUACAACCCAUUGAACUUAAAAAAAAAAACAAAAGUAUUAUAGCAUACUCAUUGCGUGCCAAAAUUAAACUUACAUAUAAGCAAGGAACGAGGGAUAAGACAUCUCUCGUCCAUCAGUGAAAAUAAAAUGAAAAUCAAAACUGCGUGAACAUUAUUAAGCUUCAUUUCUCCACAAGCAGAUAAUAAACUGUACUGCUGUGUUCAAUAACGUCACAGAUCGCUGCACUAAGGGCAACCGAAUAGUUUCGAUUGCUCCCAGAUUUGCAUUUAUUACAUGUUAAUAUUUCUGUUUUCAUUUAUAAUUUGUUUUCAUUACUCCUAGGAGACAACUAUGUGAUUUCUGUGAAUAGUGAACUGCUUUCACAUCUUGUACAGCUACCCGCAAACUGAAGUAGGUUUUCAUUUUGGUUCUGUUGAAAAUAGAUUUUGUUGUAAAACUCACAAAUUGAAAAUUACGUGGAAUGCAAUGUAAAUACUAACAAGACGUACGCAGCUAAUAACUUUCUUACAACCUAAAUUAGUAGCAACAGAGUAAAAUAAAACGACGUACGAUCUGUAAGGUAAAUCUUUGAUUCAAUAUAUGAAUACAGCUUAGAGAUACAUACAUUUUAGAUAUAGAUCAAUCUGAAUACAGCGUAGGAUAAAUGAAGUAAAAUAAUUAAGCAACAUAAACUCGUAUUUAUUGAAAACAAUAAACUUCUGACAGAUGGAAGUUGUAACAGUAACAGAUCUAAACAUCUUGAAUAGUAUUAUUAAAAGAAAAAUCUAAAAUAACACGACUACGCCAAUGGUACGAGUGAACAGAAUACGACGCCGUAUACGGAUAUGAAACUAAAAAUCCAGUUACAAUGGUAUACUCGUGCAACACACUGAAAUCAAAUUGAUGAUACGAAACUUUAGAAGUAGCAUAUGAAAAACAGUCAUCUUGGAUAAGUCAAACGGAACUACAAGUACUAAAAGGUAUACGUAAUUAUAAAAGUGAACGGAUGAAAAUAAAUCAAUUCGGAAAAAUGACAUGUCAAAUUGAAAAAUUGUAAAUUUUGGACGAUAAAAUAAAACACUAGCAUUAGCAAUAAACUCUGGGGAGCCCUAUCAAUCUCUUUGGGAAAGCUAUGUAGAGAUUUACUCACAUCACUUGAAAUCGAAUUAAUAAUAACGAGCGAAUAGAAACCAGUGUAUUUAUAGUGAUAUCACAUUACCAGAAAAGAAAAACGCUACAUCAGAUUCCCCAGAAAUGAUUUGAUCCAGCUCUUGCGAGGCGAUUUCAUCAGAUUGUUAUUUUCCAGUUUAGUGCUCGAGCUGAAGUUUUAUUUGAAUUGCCGUCACUGCUGUGAUGGCACCGCAUCACAAUUUGUUAUUGCUUGGUAAUUAAGGACUUUCGCUCACCUCAGAACACUAAUCGCUGCUGCAGUUGAUAAUUUUCCAGUGAAACAUCAUCCGAUUUCUUUUCAUCCGCAACUGGUGAUACACCAGCAACAAAACACAGCGCAAGUUGAUAAAAACAAAAGAAAAACCUACACCCACUAAAAAGUAAAUAAAAUCUAUAAAUAUAGAUAUAAAUAUAUAUUAUACGAGAUAUAAAAAUCAAUUAUUAUUUAAAUGCAAUUUUUAAAAAUUUUAAAAAGGAAAGCUCAAAAUAAAAAUAUGUAUAUGUUAAAAAUUUCAAA